AUGGAUCAGAUGGGUGCGGUCGAUUCGGAGUUAGAAGAGCUCUUUCAGGAUGAAAAACGUGUUAGGAACCCCCUCGUCCCAAUCGGUGCUUUUAUGACAGCCGGGGUGCUCACAGCGGGUCUUAUUAGUUUCAGGCAAGGGAAUUCUCGUUUGGGCCAGAAAUUGAUGAGGGCCCGUGUGGUUGUGCAAGGCGCUACAGUUGCACUAAUGGUUGGUACAGCUUACUAUUACGGGGAAAAUUUUUAG